AUGAACGAGCUAAAAUUUAAUAAGAAUUUGAAAGAAUUGCUGGUUAAACUGGCGAAUGAUGAGACUACCAAUUUGAAUGAGCUUCUGAGGAAGUUGAAGAAGCACGGCAGAGAGAAUGAUGACGAUUUGAAGGCGUUUGAGGUUUUAUUGAAGGCGGAUAUUGGCGGCGAUAGGCAAGGCUCACACUUGCAAUCAAAUGACGCCAUUAUUCACAACUAUUCCUGUCUCCUGUAUACGCCUAGCACCCAAUUCAUGUCCUACAAACCAUCAAAUCUCAAUCAAUUCAACGAUAAAGAGGCAAAUGAGCUUUUUCAAGUAUUUAAUGAUGUCUUGAUGUUGAGAGGACUGAUCCAAGUACCAGAUAAUUCCCUGAGAAUCCUCAAUAUCAACACCUACAAUCACUUAUCAGAUACCAUUAUUCUAAACGCGUUAAAGCACGCAUCAGAAGGGGGUUUGGACAGUGAAUCAAAGUUCACCCUAACCUCACACGCUGUCAAGCACUCCAACAACGUCGAUAUCCAUCUGAGACAUUUACAAACUCUACUCACUCAUCCACCGACCCCUAUAACAGAAUUCCUAUACAAGACCUAUUCUCUCCUAUCCAAGCACCUCACAACGCCCAAAUCAGGCCACUACAAUACCCACAUUCUCCAAUUCCAGCAGGCUAUGCUUGACGUGUGGGUGCACUACAAGAAGCCACUCAGCCUAAUACCCGUCAUCAACGACCUCCUCAUCUCCGCCCAGGCCUUCAGCUUCCUCUCGCAGUCUAACUUCCGCUGCCUCUUCUACCUCAACAGAGACACACCCAUCACUGCCGACUUGGCCGUGAGGAGUUUCGAGAUAUACCACCAGCUCGCGCUCAAGAGUCGCCAGACGGAUGCGAAGAAAGUCAAUAUCCAACUGCGUACGCUGCACAACGACGAGACGAUAAGCGAGGAUACGGUGAUGGAUUUGGAUGGCGACGAAGUCUACUUGGAGACUAUCCAUGACGCCAUCCCGCUUCUGCUAGCUCGGGGUGAGCUGGUGCUAGCGAAAGAGGUUGUAUCCAUGAUGGACGGCGGUGUGAGUGAGAGAGAUGCGUUCUACAUGCGGAAAGUGUACAUGCAAGCGCAGUUGCUAGCCUACGAAGCCGAAAAGGACGAGGAUGCGACGACACGCGAGAGGCUAUUUGGUGAGGCGCUCGAGAAGACGCAUGGGGUGUUAGCAUCUACGCCUUCGCACGCACCCGCUCUGAAGCUGCACGCGUGGUUGUGUGGGCAGGUAUACAACACAAGCGGGUCACUGGGAGCUUUGCGGACAUUGUUAACGCAUGACUCGUACGACUGGGAGGCGUGGUACCGGCUAGCGAACACGCUCAGUGCGUCUGACGGAGAGGGUGCGCUAUCUGUGGUGCGUUCCGCUAUAGAUCUGAGCGCUGGGACAGACGGGGCGAAUGACCCGCUCGCCGCUCCUACUGUGACGUCAGUCACGCGCUCAUACUCGGUCAUGCAACUGCUCAUGCUUGAGAGCGCCCUCACUGAGACAGUCGAUGGUGCGGAGAGCGCUCUCGAGCGGCACGUGGAGCUCUUCGCUUUCUUCGCUGGGCAAAUUUGGCGCAGUGCAGCUUUCGUGAGGGCCGUGCAAGGGCUGCAGUUCGAGGGUGCGCACAGGGAGGUGCUCGCGGACGACGCACAUAGUUACCCCCUCAAGGCGAGCGGCAGCGAGGGGGCGCUGAGUGGGCUGAGUGGAUUGAGUGGACAGGCGCAGCUGCGCAGAGACGGUAGCAUCAGUCGUAAUAGCCUUGGUAGCACGCCGUCAUCUCACACUCAUAGCAGCAGACGUAAGUCGAAGUUGCACCUUCCCCACCCGCACAUGCACCUCGGCUUGAGUGUCGGUGGGGCCUUGGGUAGGUUGCGCAAACCGAGAGGUGCACAGGGUGUGCAGAAUACACAAAGCACACACAACACGCACAACACUCACUCUGCGGAGAAGGCACUGCCGCGUAUACGCGUGUCGAGUGUGCCAGACAGUGCGACGGGGACACAGCACUCGUCGCACACGGACGUGGCCACAGACACACGCACCAACAGUAACAGCAACAGCAACAACAACAGCAACAGAAAUUCAAACGCGCUGGGCAGACCGGCGCUGGAACUGAGCGAGUAUGCCAGCCACGAGCGCUCACUCCUCGUUGCGCUGUGGGUGAUGAGUGCUGCGACCUACCGCCGCGCACGCGACUGGGAGAAUGCAGCACAUGCGCUACAUAUGGCCGAGGAGGCUGGCGAAAUGGGAGAGAUGGGUGAAAUGUGCGGGGUGUAUAUCGAGCUCGCCAAGCAAUGCAUCGAACGGAAGGAAUACAAGCUUGCCAAUGCUUCGCUCAUUAAGGCGCACGAAUACGCAUAUGCGUGCUUUCUAUUCGAGCUGGAUGACGCAGUGGCGACACAUCUACAUGCGAACAUGACGCGUGAGAAACGACUAGAUGCCGUUGAAGGUAUCCUCGAACAUCUCACAAGCAAUUCGCACCACCUCCACAGAUACAGCGCAGGAGCUCACUACAUGCUCGCCAUGUGCUACAAAAGUCGUAAUCGCCGCCAUCACCUCAAGCAGCGCCUCGAGAUGGCUUUGCGUGUAGAUAGGAGUGUGGGUGUGAUGGAUUGGAGUGUGUGGAUGUAG